AUGUCAAUCAGUAGAGUUAUAGUUUUUGGAGCUCAUGGUAAAAUAGGUCAACAAUUGAUCAAAUUAUUAUCAAAACUGGAUUAUAAAACAACAGCAGUAGUAAGAAAUGAUGAACAAGCAUCUACCAUAAAGAAAAUUUCAAAUUCUUCUUCAAAUGUUUCAUCAACUAACUUAACUUUGGAUAAAGUUUCAGUUAAAGAAUUAUCUCAAACUAUUAAAAAUCAUGAUGCUGUUAUAUUAACUGUUGGAUCAGGUGGUAAAAACUUAUUACAAGUAGAUUUAGACGGAGUAGUUAAAACAUUUGAAGCUACAGUUGAAGCAAAAGUUAAGAGAUUAGUUUUAAUAAGUGCAAUCCACGCAGAAAAUAGAGAGUUUGUAGAAAAUUCGCCAAUCAGGGAUUAUUAUAUUGCAAAACAUUACGCAGAUAGGAUUUUGAUUAAUGAAUUUGGUUCUAGUAUUGAUUAUACAAUUAUUAAACCAACUCAUUUAACUGAUGAUGAAAGUACUGGUAAGAUUGAUAUUAUUAAGAAUUUAAAUGAAGAUGUUGGUAAGAUAUCUAGAACUGAUGUAGCUAAGGUUUUGGUUGAAGUUUUGAAUUUAAAGGAAACAUUUGGUAAGAGCUAUAAUAUCAAGAAUGGUACUCAUAAUAUAGAUGAUCCAUCAACUUACGCUUAA